GAUUCACAUAAUUCACAUGUUCUCAUCGUUCCCCAUAGUAUCGGAAAGAACCGAAUGUAUGUUAUUACACUUGAAAUAAUAGACGGGGGAUCGUAAAGCAUUAUAAAAUGGGGAAGGUUGGAUGAAAACUAAGAACUUUGAGAUUGCUUAUUUAAAUGCGUUCGUUAGAAAAGAGAAAAUAUCAUUCCAUGUAGAUAAAUUUUUCAAUAGUUGGUGGGGAUGGUACAUCAUUUUAAGUCAGACGGGCAUGCGUGCUGGACGAAGAAAAAGAGAAGGACGUCUAUAUCGAAUGACGAGCCAGAGCGCAGUCGUUCAACACGCGCCGCGUGCUAUAAUCGUCUUUCUACGAUGACAACAGUAUUCGAAGAAGAUUUAAAUUAUGCCAUUGGUUGGAACAGACUAAGCCUACAAAUACUUGGUGUAUGGCCGGAUUCGAAUGAGAGUGAUUUUGCCUUAUCGAAAUAUUGGUUCAUUCUACAUUCAUUCUUUAUGCUGGGAUUUAUCACUUUGCCACAGUCGGCAUAUCUCUUGAUGGUAUGGGGUGACAUAGAACUGAUGACAGAAAUUGUGGCGACGGCAAACGUACCGGUUACCAUGUCCUGCAUAAAGUUGUUGUUCGCACGAUAUCAUUUGGAAUCUCUUAGACCAAUUCUCAAUUCCUUCGUUGAAGACUGGAAAAGAUCGAAAAGCGAGGAUGAGAGAUCGGUCAUGUUGGUUAACGCUAAAAAAGCAAGAGUCAUAUCGAUAUGGUGUACGACAUUAGCACAUUUUAUGACAUCGAUUUACAUUCUACCUCGAAGCUUGAUGAUCGCACAAAUGCAAAGAGAUCAAUUCGAUCCCCCAAGUACGGUCAUUUAUCCCGCUUAUUUUCCAUACGACAUUAGUGGAACUUCAGCUUUUUUAAUUUCCUGUCUCGGACAAAUCGUAGCGGCGUACAGCGCUACCGUAUCAUAUAUAGGCGUAGACACGUUUAUCACAAUGCUCGUCCUUCAUGUCUGCGCACAAAUUACUAAUCUCAGGCAUGCACUUGAAAAUCUAUCGAAUGGCACGAGCGAAAUAGCCAAUGAGUUUACAACAAAAUUGACGUGGAUCGUUAAGAGACACGAACAUCUCAAUUGGUACGCCAAAUCGAUCGAGAACUCCUUUAACAUGUUGAUGCUCAUUCAAAUACUGGCUUGCAUCGUUCAAGUUUGCUUUCAGACUUUUCAAUUAUUUCGCAUAAUGGCACACGAUGAUGAUGCAUUUCCAAUAGAACAGCUGUUUUUUAUUAUAUUCUUUGUAAUUGUUACCUUGGUACAACUAUAUCUGUAUUGUUACGUUGGAGAAAUGCUUAUCGUCGAGAGUUCUGCAAUGGGGACGUCAGCAUACGAGUCACAGUGGUAUACUUUGUCUGCAAAGGAUGCACGAAAUAUCAUUUUCGUGAUGCAUCGAUCUUGUGUGCCACUUCAUUUAACAGCCGGAAAAUUUGGCACUUUUUCAAUGGAAAUGUUUAGCAGCAUUUUAAAAAGCACAAUAGGAUAUCUUUCAAUGUUACUAACGGUAACGGACAAAAAGGACUAAUUUUGAAAAAUAAUAAUAAAUAGAAUAGUGAUAGAGUAUUUUAACUGGUGGCAAAUUUUUUGUUAUCGAUAAACUAUCAUACAUGACAGUACAGCAUAGUGAUAAAUACUAUUCGUAAAACUUUAAAUUUAACUAAGAUAUAAAUAGUUUUACAAUCGCAUAAAUCUCAUUCUCGUUUAUUGUCAUUUAUCAAAUUGUCGUUUAUUGUCCAAUUAUAUUGCGUAAGAGUACUAAGAAUGUAACGAAAGAGAAAAAAAAUCUGCAAAAUUUUUCAUAAACUAGAAAGACGUCGAUAAAGAAACGUAGACUAAAGACAAUUCCUCGUAACCACCGGAGUCAACUAUAUCGAAGGUUUAAGUUUUCCAACGUUAGAGGGAUACUGUUCGAUAAACACCUACUUUUCAUUUUUAAAACAUUCGUACGUAAAUGUUAAAAAA